CCCUCCCCCUCUGUUUUCCUCCCUCGUAACAUCACCUCACAAUAAAACACAUCCAAAGUCUGGAUAUUUGCCCCCACGUCCCCAUCCCCAGCACUAAAAAGUCAUUAAAAAACCUUAAUUAAUCCCUUACUUAACCUCUAAUUAAAUUUAAAAUUAAAAAAGAAAAACCAGCACAUGCUCCGAACCAUCCCCUGAUUUUCUCUUGCACUGUACGUAUAAUUAAUACAUAGAUAUGAACAACAAGCCCUAUUAAUUGCUCCGCUUCUCCCAUCCUCCUCAUUCAUUAUCCAUGGAAGCCGUAGCAGACCUGCAGCCCGUCUCUUCUCCAAAGAAAAGCCGGCGGUCGGUUCAGAAGCGGGUGGUGUCGGUGCCGGUGGCGGACGGUGAUGGAGGGAGGUCGAAGGGCGGCGGUGAGGCUGCGCCGCCGUCGGAUUCAUGGGCUUGGCGGAAGUAUGGCCAGAAGCCUAUUAAAGGAUCGCCUUAUCCGCGGGGGUAUUAUAGAUGCAGCAGUUCAAAGGGUUGCCCGGCGAGAAAGCAGGUAGAACGAAGCCGUGCAGAUCCCACCACCUUCAUCGUAACUUACUCCGCAGAUCACGACCAUAGCUGGCCGGCGACCGCCAAAACUCACCGCCGCCACCAUAAUUCGCCGGCGGAAACCACCGGAGAUAUCUCUCCUCCGCAAUCUGAUAACUCAAAACCGAGAGAAGCGGAGAGCAAUCCUGUAUCUUCAGACAACAGCCUGUCGACGGAUCUAAUGGUGGAUGAAUCGGCUGAGUUUAUGAUAGCAGACUCAUUCGGAUGGUUCGCACAGGUGAGUUCGCCGUCAUCAACCUCGCCGGCGGCGGCGGCGGUCUCCGACGGGGAGCUUUUCUGCAGCUCUUUAUUUGGAUUUGAUGACAAUGAUAAGUUAGGCGGGGCGGCAGUGGAUGAGGAGGAGGAGUCGCUGUUUGCGGGAUUGGGAGAGCUGCCGGAGUGUUCGAUCGUUUUCCGGCGAGGAUUUGGAGAGCGGCGGUGGAGUGGGGAGGAAGACGGAAAGCGGUGCGGAAUUGAGGCAGAUGAGUCGGCCGCUUCGUGGUUCGGGAGUUCGAGGUGAUUUCAGAUUGCGCCGCCGCCGCCACCGCCGCCGCC